ACACAAUUACAUAGCUGUGGCCUUCAGAUUUUAAUUGGAUACUUUGCAAGAUUUAAAUUCAAAUAAAUGUAAUAAUUAGAUAUAGGAUUAUAUUUCUCACCUCUUCGUCUUUGGGGGGCACAUGACUGCACGUUCUGUGUUCAAAUAAUGCAAUUGCCGAGCCGUAGAAGAAAAUCUGCAUUGCCAGGAAAGUCGCUGACACCUUCCACCUGACUUUCGCAGCCAUUCCUUCACCGAAUACCGCCGACGGACGGCCGAAUUCGUCGAAGGAAACCGCAGCUAGGGUACCUGGUGCACUUGCAAAAGUUUCUACAAAGCCGCACGGGUGCCGGAACACCUUGGGGCGAGCAGAAACAAAUGAGGAGGGCGUAGCACUGCCGCAGACCGGGAGCGAGGGCCAAUCAAAGACGAGCAAAGACAAUGCAACCAAUCAGCGAUCGCGAGAAAGCCCAGCUCGACCAAUCAGAUUGUUUUCGUUGUCGCGAAGUUCGGCGCGUUUUUCAAAUUAUCUGAAGGUGUUUGGGAAAAGUGGGCGCUGGCGCUCCCCUGUCGUUGCCCUAGUCCCUUCUCCGUCCGGCCGACCAACCAGCAUGCACGACACGCAUUUUUGAACGUCCCGAGAGGUGAUAGACCUCUCCGCGAAGGUCCCCCGCUUGCGUCAGGGUCGAUAUCACCGAUACGCACCUAUCCCAUUUCUUGAAGCUCAGGUGUUUAUGCAUUUGCAGGAGCCGCCUAAAUUUGUCUGCGUGGCCGCUGAGGAGUCUUUUGCCUGAACUACGGUGGAAUGGACAGGAUUGAAGAUAACGUGAAGAGACUCCUGAAUGGGGAUGCCCUGAAGGAGUCGCAGGAGUUUUGUGACUUCACCCUCGAGGCGCAAAAUGAAGCGACAGUUGCCAAGGGCGUAGCUCCAGCCGCUCCCUCCGACUACAUUCCACAAUUGAACAAAAAUGUUUGCUACAUCGUUGCUGCUGUACUGAUUAACGAUUCUGGAGAAGUGCUAAUGAUGCAGGAAGCUAAAAGAUCUUGUGCCGGACAGUGGUACCUGCCAGCCGGACAUAUCGAAGCUGGCGAGACAAUUCAACAGGCUGUUGAAAGAGAGGUUUUGGAGGAGACAGGAUUAACAAUGCAAAGCACCACUUUAAUAAUGGUUCAGUCUGCGGAGGGAUGUUGGGUCAGGUUCGUUUUCACUGGCAAUGCAGCAGGACGUUUAAAGACACCUGCUGAGGCGGAUUCUGAAUCGUUGCAAGCCAAGUGGAUUUCGGACAUCAACGAGUUGAGUCUUCGCGCAUCCGACGUGGAGCCUCUUGUAGCUUGCGGACGUCAGUACUGGAGAGCCAUAAAAGAAAAACAACAGUGGCAUCCUGAGAUUUUGCCUGUUGCCAGGCACCAUACUAAAUUGCUUCUAAGACUGCUAAUUUGCGUUCGAAAGAAAGACACAAAUCGAGUUCACAUCUUGCUGUCAGAAAAGACAGAAGCGCACAUUCCCACUUGUGAAAUUAACCCCAGGAGAAGCUUGCAUUCUACACUAAAAAAAUAUAUGACGGAAAUAUUUGGAGCAGAGCUUCCGCAGCACAGACCUCAUGGUGUUUUGAGUGUGGAGCAUUCCCCGACUAGGAAUGUUGAGGUGGAAGGUGACGGAUUUUGCUUGACUUUGCUCAUUUCCAUCAGGCAGCCUUUAGAAGAGGUUGGAUUGAUAGACAAAUACACUUGGCUUGAGGUCAACCCUAACCUGGAGGAACUCAUACUUCCUAGGAUGGCAAAAAACAUGACUACAAUUUUGCAUGUCAUUCGGUAGAGGAUUUGUUGAUUACUCCAAUUUAUUAUUAUCAAGAAAAGCUAAAUACUCAAAUUUUAUAUUAAAAAAUUGUUAUACAGUUGUUGCAUAUUGGUUAAAUUUUAUUGUUAUAUAAAACUAUACUGCAAGGAUGCAGAGAUGGCCAAGAUUAAACAAUAGGAAAAUACUAUAGCCUCAAGCUGAUAAUAUUGUAAUCGCAAUGAAGGGAAUUCUAAGCUUUCUGAAUAUUAUGCCAUUACAUAUAAAUAAAAUGUUUAAAAUU